GGUGGGGGGUAUCCUCAUGUAGCGUCAGCCCACAGGGGUAGUCCCAAGGCGUUCGAUAGGGUAGGUCAUAGCCAGACGUCGUGCGGGCAGAGAAACCAUGCAGGGGCACACGAAAGUUGGAAGGUCAACACAGCAACGACCAUACAUUCCGCCACAUAGGGAAGCUCGAGAGGGUUCCAAUAAUGGGAGAGAAGGGAGAAGGGAUGUGCAACUAAGAGAAGCUGUAGAGAAGUGCUACGAUGAAGGGGUGAGUCCAGAGGGGGGGAAUCUAGGCGACGUUGUGGAGGACGAAGGAGGAAGGCGCUUCGUGGUAAAUAGAGAAGUGGAUGCGAUUAAGGAACAAUGGCUCAAGGAAAGGACGACAAUUAUCAUCUUUCAGGAAGGUGCAAAAUCGCUAAAGGAGGAUCUUAUUCGAGCCUUUGAGGACGACAGGAUGACGCGGAGAUUAUUCAACCCGAAUGUUAAACGAGGUAGAAUAGUUUUCGAGGGUGCAAACGUCAAAUCGUAUGUGGCAAACGCACGGGAAGUGACACGGUGGUUGAUAAGGGAGCGGGUGGCGAAGAUUAAGUUGGGAGAAGAGGAAUUUCAGGUGGCCUUUAAGCCAUGGAUGACUCGCCAAGAGUUGAAGGAGCUGAAAAUACACGAAGCGGAAUCGAAUUUCUGGGUGAUGGCACUUCGAGUGCAAUUGGAUGCGUAUCUGUAUCUGAAAGAUGUGGUGGAAGCAAUGUUCGGCAAAGUAUUAAGCACGCACCCGCCAGAAUUCGACAGAACCAGGCCAAAACUCAUGAACGUCAAAUUUGACAUGGGCCCGGAAGCGCGCUUCAGAGUCGAGGACCACGUGGAGAUAGAAUCUCCAAGGGGGGAGAGAUGGAAGGUGGACAUCGCCACACCGUACACAGAUUGGUGCAGGGUCUGCAGGUGGUAUUACCACACAGAAGACCGCUGCCCGUGCCGCAGGAGGGAGACGAUCCAACGAGGGAGGCUUCCGGGUGAGCGCCAGGGUGGACACAAGGAGCGGUUUCGGCAAUAUCAGGAAGAACAAGCGAGAUUGGCAAACGAAGUGAGGGGAAGGGGAGGUCCGGUCAGCGGUCACGACGUGGCCUGUCCCGUAGGGGGAUUUAAUCAGAGGGACCCACAAACGCAAGGCACACAAACCAGAACAGGCGAUAUGGGAGGUUCGGAGGGUAGAGCGGAUGCCAAUCAAAUAGGGGCUAUGCACGCUCAAGGAGUCACAGGCGGGUCCCAAGGAUAUCGUAUGGAGCAGGCCCCAAGGGGAGGACUCCCAAUGUCCCACCCAUGGGCAGACUGUCGUCCAUGGAGGCAGGAGCCGCAUGGUCCAGAUGAAGCUUUCCUGGCUGCCCACAGGCUAGGGGCACUAGGGGACCUGCCGGAGGACUACCAAGCCUACCAAGAAUUCGUGUGAAUCCAACAGAUGGAACAAUGGAACUACCAAGGUAUUCCUCUCGUGCAAGGAGAAGGGGAGGCUUACGGAGGAAAUAGGCACAUGUGUGUUGGCAGGUAUGGACAACAGUAUCCACCACUGAACUACCCCAGGCCUCACUAUCUGGGGGAACUGGUGAAUGGAUCGGAGUGGGAACCAAGCUUUCUGCAAAGGCGGGCCUGCACCACAAGAGGGAGGGCAAGCUGGGCGGAUAUGCAAGGCUCAGGUUUGAAUGAAGAUCUCACACAGGGCCAGAGGAGGACAGGCGGUGCAGGUGUAGAAGCUAACGAUCCACAGAACACAUGGAGGGAGGCAGGUCACUGGCAAUAUGAACAAAGCGAGCAGAGAAGG